UCACUCCACACACCCGUAGGUAUGGGCUCGGGUGCUGGAGGACUCCAACUACACUCAGCGCAAGGCAGAGGUUGAGACCUUUAACAAACACAACCGCUGGCGUAAGAGGGGGCUGGCCAUAGUACCAGCCAAGUACGGCAUGACGGAUGCCGGUGUAGGCACGGCGACUAAGCUGGAUGUUAUGUGUGAGGAUGGUACUGUGCAGGUGUCAACGGGUGGGACAGAGAUGGGGCAGGGUCUGUAUACAAAAGUGGCGCAGGCGGUUGCCUCUAAGCUGCCGUUGAAGGUAUCGGAUGUUAUCGUCACAGACUCAGAGACCAGCCGAGUGCCCAAUAGUGCCAUGACCGGGGGGUCGGCAUCGUCGGAGUGUUGUGUAGCCUCUGCGCUCAACGCCUGUGACACACUCUUGGACAAUCUGGCACCCUAUCUCAAGGAUAACACUGUGCCUUGGACCGACGCCGUAGCCGCAGCCAAUGCGGCGGGUGUGAAUAUGUCUGUGACUGAGUUCAUGCAGAAGCCUGCGUUACCUGCACCACAGAUGUUCAACUACUACGUAUACUGUGCGGGCGUGUGUGAGGUGGAGCUGGAUGUUCUCACCGGCGAGACGGAGAUACGCCGAGUGGAUAUUGC